CUUCUUAUUUAAGAACUAAAUAAAUAAACAAACCACUCCUUUCAAAACAAGUUAAUAAUCAUUAGGAAUUCAUCAUCUCAUUAGCACUUAUCAUUAGCAGUUAAGUCAUCUUAAUGUGACUAUAAUGUAUUACGGCUGUUUUUUUCUCUGUAGGGGUAAAGGAGAUUCCCCAGAAGCUCGAGCAUUGGCCAAACAGGUGGCUACGGCUCUGCAGAACCUGCAGACCAAAACCAACAGGGCUGUGGCCAACAGCAGACCUGCCAAGGCAGCUGUCCACCUUGAGGGCAAGAUUGAGCAAGCUCAGCGGUGGAUUGAUAAUCCCACAGUGGAUGACCGGGGAGUUGGUCAAGCUGCCAUCCGGGGGCUUGUAGCUGAAGGGCAUCGUCUGGCUAAUGUUAUGAUGGGACCUUAUCGCCAAGAUCUUCUUGCCAAGUGUGACCGUGUGGACCAGCUGACAGCUCAGUUGGCUGACCUGGCUGCCCGAGGGGAAGGGGAAAGUCCUCAGGCGAGAGCACUUGCAUCACAACUUCAAGACUCCUUAAAGGAUCUGAAAGCCCAGAUGCAGGAGGCUAUGACUCAGGAGGUAUCAGAUGUUUUCAGCGACACCACAACUCCCAUCAAACUAUUGGCAGUGGCGGCCACUGCCCCUCCUGAUACACCUAACAGGGAAGAGGUAUUUGAUGAGAGGGCAGCGAACUUUGAAAAUCAUUCAGGAAGACUUGGAGCCACAGCAGAGAAGGCAGCUGCUGUUGGUACUGCUAAUAAAUCAACAGUGGAAGGCAUUCAGGCAUCAGUGAAGACGGCUCGAGAACUCACACCCCAGGUCGUCUCGGCUGCUCGUAUCUUACUUAGGAACCCUGGGAAUCAAGCUGCUUAUGAACAUUUUGAGACCAUGAAGAACCAGUGGAUUGAUAAUGUUGAAAAAAUGACAGGACUGGUGGACGAAGCCAUUGAUACCAAAUCUCUGUUGGAUGCUUCUGAAGAAGCAAUUAAAAAAGACCUGGAUAAGUGUAAGGUAGCCAUGGCUAACAUUCAGCCUCAGAUGCUGGUCGCUGGAGCAACCAGCAUCGCUCGUCGGGCCAACCGAAUCCUGCUGGUUGCUAAGAGGGAGGUGGAGAACUCCGAGGAUCCCAAGUUCCGUGAGGCCGUGAAAGCUGCUUCUGAUGAAUUGAGCAAAACAAUCUCCCCGAUGGUGAUGGAUGCAAAGGCUGUGGCUGGAAACAUCUCUGACCCUGGCCUGCAAAAGAGCUUCCUGGACUCAGGAUAUCGGAUCCUGGGAGCUGUGGCCAAGGUCAGAGAAGCUUUCCAACCUCAAGAGCCUGAUUUCCCACCUCCUCCACCAGACCUAGAACAGCUCCGUCUAACAGAUGAACUUGCUCCUCCCAAACCACCUCUGCCUGAGGGUGAGGUCCCUCCACCCAGGCCUCCACCACCAGAGGAGAAGGACGAAGAGUUCCCUGAGCAGAAAGCUGGGGAGGUGAUUAAUCAGCCAAUGAUGAUGGCUGCCAGGCAGCUCCAUGAUGAAGCUCGCAAAUGGUCUAGCAAGCCGGGUUUCCCAGCCGCUGAGGUGGGUAUAGGAAUUGUAGCUGAGGCUGAUGCGGCUGAUGCUGUUGGGUUCUCUAUCCCCUCUGACAUGGAAGACGAUUACGAACCUGAGCUGCUGUUAAUGCCUUCUAAUCAGCCGGUCAACCAGCCCAUUCUGGCCGCGGCUCAGUCCUUGCAUCGGGAAGCUACCAAGUGGUCUAGUAAGGGCAAUGACAUCAUUGCAGCAGCCAAGCGAAUGGCUCUACUGAUGGCUGAGAUGUCCCGGUUGGUAAGAGGGGGCAGUGGUACCAAGCGGGCACUCAUUCAGUGUGCCAAGGACAUCGCCAAAGCCUCAGACGAGGUGACUCGGUUGGCCAAGGAGGUUGCCAAGCAGUGCACAGAUAAGCGGAUUAGAACCAACCUCUUACAGGUAUGUGAGCGAAUUCCAACUAUAAGCACCCAGCUCAAAAUCUUGUCCACAGUGAAGGCCACCAUGCUGGGCCGGACCAGCAUCAGUGAUGAGGAGUCUGAGCAG